AUGGAUCUGCUUGUUGGCGCGCUGCUAAGCGGUGUAGCGCAGAUUGCCGUGCCGUAUGUGGUGAACAAUAUUGGAAGGGUAAAGCGUCCAAAACGCGUCAACAUUGAGGAGGCGCUGCGUGAGGCACACCUGUGCCGUCCGGUCAUCCCGUACAGGGCCCCUGUCCCGUACACGGGAGGCCGAGUGAAGGCGCUGUUUAUAGGCAUCAACUACACAGCCACACGAAGUCAACUGAGUGGAUGCGUUAACGACGCCAAACAAAUGCUUGCGACGCUGCAGCGAAUCCAGUUUCCCAUUUCGGAGUGUUGUAUUCUGGUGGAUGACCCGCGUUUCCCCAACUUUACGGCUUUGCCGACCCGCAAAAACAUUAUACGUCACAUGGCGUGGUUGGUGUACGAUGUUCGACCCGGGGAUGUGUUGUUUUUCCACUACUCUGGACACGGGACGGAGACCAAGGCGGAGCGCGACUCGGAGGAGAUGUACGACCAGUGCCUUGUGCCGCUGGACUACGAGUCGCAGGGCGCCAUCGUGGACGACGACUUGUUUGACUUGCUCGUCAGGCGCCUCCCGGCCGGCGUGCGGAUGACGGCGGUCUUUGACUGCUGCCACUCCGCCUCCCUGCUGGACCUUCCCUUUGCGUUCGUGGGAAACAACAACUACCUCUCGGGCGGGCGGCACGAGAUGCGGAAGGUGCGCGGGAACAAUUUUUCGCACGGCGACGUGGUGAUGUUCAGCGGCUGCGACGAUGCCGGGACGAGCGCCGAUGUGGCGAACACCUCCUCCUUUGGGGCGGGCUCCGUGGCCGCCGGCGGUGCCGCAACACAGGCCCUCACCUGGGCCCUGCUGAACACCUCUCGCCUCACCUACGCCGACAUUUUCAUCAAGACAAGGGAAAUGCUGCGUCAGAAAGGAUACAAGCAGGUGCCUCAGCUUUCCAGCUCGAAGCCGGUGGAUUUGUACAAAACGUUUUCGCUGUUUGGCGAAAUUACAACGAACAGCAGUCUCAUGCACUAUGUGCCGCAGCAAUACCAGCAUCCAUGGGUGCCACCACAGCAGCCGUAUUACCCUCCUCCGCCGCCGCAGCAGCAACCGUAUUAUCCACAGUCCCAGCAGCCGUAUUAUCCACCGCCGCCGCCGCCGCAGCAGCAGCAGUCGUCGUAUUAUCCACAGCAGGCGCCAUCGCAAUACGGCGGUUCCCAGUCUAUGGCUGGAAUUCCCCUCAUGCAGGCGUCGAGUGGAAGACCACCAGAGCACUACCCACAAGCCCUCCCUGGAGGACAAGGUGGGGGACCCCCCCCACAGUACCCUCCAUCCCAAUACCCGCAGUAUUCUUCCUCGCAGUAUUUGGGCAAGGUGGGAAAACCGUUGUGA